AUGGCGCUAGAUCAAAAGCUGUUUGCCGGGCACCCCAGGCUUGGCUCCGCCAAACUGCACAUCCCCAGCCCGGGAAACCCCGGCUACAGGGCCUGCAUGCCUAGCCAGCUAGUGAGCGGGCGCCGGUAUGCGGGGUCGGUGUGGGAUCCUCAGCGUGGCCCGGCAGAGGUUGGCCUUUUUUCUCACACGUCGCCUGCCCGCGAGGAGCUCGGGCCGGGGCGUGAAGCAAAUAAACAACAUGUAAGAUGUCAGAAAUGCUUGGAAUUUGGGCAUUGGACUUAUGAAUGCACAGGAAAAAGAAAGUACCUACAUAGGCCUUCAAGAACAGCAGAACUAAAGAAAGCUUUAAAAGAAAAAGAAAACAGAUUAUUAUUACAGCAAAGCAUUGGAGAAACUAACGUAGAAAGAAAGACCAAGAAAAAAAGGUCUAAGAGUGUAACCAGUUCCAGUAGCAAUAGCAGUGACAGUUCAGCCAGUGAUUCUUCAUCAGAGAGUGAAGAGACCUCUACCUCAUCCUCCUCAGAGGACAGUGACUCUGAUGAAAGCUCCUCCAGUUCAUCAUCUUCAGCCUCUUCCACAAGCUCUUCCUCGUCCUCUGAUUCAGACUCAGAUUCCAGCUCUUCCAGUAGCAGCAGCAGCAGCUCUAGCUCUGAGGAUGAACCACCAAAGAAGAAGAAAAAGAAAUAGAACUGUUCCAUCCAUGUUGGACUGAUGGACUAAAAACAUUAAUGCGAUUCUCAGAAGGGAAUUUAGAAUGUGUUAAGACCAAAUAGGUUAACUGAUCAAAAUUUUUAGAGUUCAAAAGUUUCUAAAUGUUUUACAUUGUAAGAGCAUAAAGAGUAUUAAUAAUGGAUUAUAUAUAUAAAGACUUUUUUAU